AUGCAGGAGCCACCGAAGACUUUCGAAGAAUUCUUACAGUCUCAAAAUAUGGAUGAUUGGCCAAAGUGCCCCUUUUUAGAGUAUGAUCUUCAUAGCAUCACCACCAUUGUGAACCGAUUAAAAGAUGAUUAUUCUCUGGAAUCCAUCUCCACUUCUCUCUGGACACAUGUGUCUCUGAAGUACCAAGUCCUCAUGGACAUGGAGACAAGGCUAACUGAAUGUGUAUCAUUCCUAGAAGAGCACGCCCACUCUGUUCUGGACUGCGAAAACAGGGCUUCCACCCGAGAGACCGUCUCAAAGAUUGAGAAAUGGAAAGAAAUGAUACUCAGGAGUAAAAAGAAGAAGUUUAAGGUUCUUGGUGACGUGAAAUCAAGAAAAAAUAAUAUUGAGGGCUGCACAUUCCCCGGUUUCAAAGCCACCGUGCUUACAGAUCUACCAAGACAUUUGGAAGCUGCCCAGCUAUACAGCUUCAUUUUGAAGUUCCAGAACUUUGAAGCGAGAAGUUUUAAAAUGUGGAAAGCUCUGUGUCUCACAGAGGCAUCUAUUGCAAUUUUCCAAGAUUGCUUUUGGUGGUGUUUUCUUCAAAAUUUUAAGCCAAAUAAGGAAGAUCAGUAUUCCCUGUUUGACCGAAUCGCGGAAAGUUACGUGUCCCUCUUCCUCAGCAUUCCCCCAGAGAAGAAGGAUGCUUUCUUUAAGAUCUACCCUGACUGUUUGUCACAAGCCAUCUAUACGGCCUUCCACGAAGCAUUUCCCGACUCCAGCAAGCUUUUUGAUGAUGAGUUUAAGGAGGAAAUAGGGAAUAUCAUUUUUCAGUGGUUCUCAGGCCUAAAGCCCAUCAAAGGCUUUUGGAAGAAAUGGGAUCUAGACUGGCUGAGCAAAAGCACGAUAUACGGUGGCAAGAAAGAUGAUGCAUCAGUAAAGAAAGUGGCCAAACAGAGUGUGAGGUUUCAAAUGACCUUUGACUUAGACAAUAAGAUAGAGUUUGCCCAAGGGACAAGAGCAUCAAUCCCCUGGGAGCCAGCAGAAGGGAGAAGGGGACUGGCCAAGCUCGAAGAGAGAGUUCAGUCUCAUGGGAUCGGCCCCGGGCCCGAAUUCUGCCGGGUGCUCUUCAGGCUCAGGGGCCGAAGUCCACUGGUCUCCUACUAUCUGCAGAAGCACCAAGUCAGCAAUGUCCUGUCCAUCAUGCCGGGCAGCAAGAUGGCCUGCACUGUUCUGUCCAAAUUACCGGUGGAGACACUUACGUACCAGAACGUGAUCGCAGAGAGCAAGAAGCUCAGCAGGAAGAACCGGAUGGACCACCAGCUGUGUCUCCACAAGUUGAAUGAGGAGAUAGCCGUGAUAGAGAGGAAGCAGAAGAAUGCCAAAAGGAAGCUGGAAAGGCUGAAGCAGAAGGCCUUAAGGGAUCCCUACACAGCCAGACAAGAAGGCAAGCAGAUCCUGAGCCAGCUGCAUUCCUCAACAUGGCUGAAGGAAAGCCCAGUGUCUCCCAAGCCCACCCACGGGGGCGAAGGCCAACAAGAUUGACAGUGUCCCGGCCGUGCUACCUGAGAGGUGGCGGCGCCUCCUCCUCCUCCUGUUCCCUCCCCAGGGCCACACCCCACAGGCGCCAUAGACCACGGGGAUGAUUCACCUCUUUAUUCCAGGCAUCAGCAAGCGCGGACAUUCCCAAUAAAGUGGUGUCUUG